AUGGAGAAAGUCAAGCGAACGAAAUUUGCUUACCUAGUGGAUAAAUUGGCGGUAGAGAGUGAGCCAGGAUUGACAAAUGCUCAAUUGAUGUUAAACAAUCAUGAUCUCAAGCCAGUCGAGCCACAACGUAGGCAAUGGGGAGCAUGGAAUUUCGUAGGCUUUUGGGUAGCUGACUCGUUCAAUAUAAACACAUGGAUGAUUUCGUCCUCUAUGAUCGUACAGCCAAGUGAUCUCUCAUGGUGGCAAUCAUGGCUCUGUGUCUGGCUUGGUUACUCAAUUGCAGCAUGCUUUGUUGUUUUAACAGGUAGAAUUGGUGCGACCUACCAUAUCUCAUUCCCUGUCGUAACUCGCUCGAGCUUCGGCGUCUGGGCUUGGAUCGGAGGAGAGUGCAUUCGCCUCAUGAUCUGCGCAAUCUGGCCAUCGUUCUAUAAUAUACCCAACGGCAUUCCGAGCAGUGGCACGAAUACCAGGGACUUCGUGUCCUUCUUCAUCUUCUGGCUUGUUUCCCUGCCAGCGAUUUGGUUCCCAGUCCACAAGAUCCGACACUUGUUCACCGUCAAGGCCUAUGUCGUGCCAACAGCUGGUGUUGCUUUCUUUAUCUGGGCAAUUGUUCGUGCUCACGGUAUCGGACCUAUUACCCGCCAGCCAAACACUUCUCACGGCUCUGCGAUGGCUUGGGCAAUGGUAUCCGGUAUCAUGUCCGCAAUUGCCAAUUUCGCUACACUCAUUGUGAAUGAUCCAGACUUCGCUCGUUCUGCCCGCAAGCCGAGAGAUGCUAUCUGGUCUCAACUCAUCACUAUCCCCGUGGGAUUCGCCGUCACCUCGUUCAUCGGCAUCAUCGUCUCUUCAUCGUCGACUAUCAUUUUCCACGGUGAACCAAUCUGGAACCCUCUCAACCUUCUCCAAUCGUUCUUGAAUGAAGGAACAUCUGGGGAUCGUGUUGGUGUCUUCUUCAUCGCCCUUGCGUUCUCUCUCGCCCAACUCGGUACUAACAUCGCCGCUAACUCUGUCUCAGCUGGUACAGAUAUGAGUGCUUUACUGCCGAGAUAUCUUAAUAUCCGUCGCGGAGGCUACGUUUGUGCUCUCGUCGGUCUCGUCAUAUGUCCCUGGAAUUUGCUCUCAUCUGCAAAUAACUUUACCACUUACCUCUCUGCUUAUUCCGUCUUCUUAUCCUCCAUCGCAGGAGUUAUUGUUAGCGAUUACUACCUGGUCCGAAAAGGAUAUCUUCAAAUCAAGGAUCUGUACUCUGCCAAGUGUUCCUCGCCAUAUUACUACUGGUACGGCAUCCACUGGAGAGGAUAUGCUGCCUAUAUCGCUGGUAUCCUAAUUAACAUCGUCGGUUUCGUCGGGGCGAUCGGAAAGCCUGUUCCUGCGGGAGCUACUUAUAUCUAUCGUCUGAACUUCUUCUGUGGAUUCAUUGUUGCGGGUGGUGCUUAUUGGAUCUUGUGCAUGGUGUGGAAGGUCCCCGCAACGAGUGAUGUGUGGAUGGAGGUUGGUGAUGAGAUUGAGGAUGUCAGUAUGGCAUAUGAUGCUAGCAGCGAUUAUGACGAGGAGAGCAUUGCUGGUGGUGAGGUUCAUUCGCGGUCCGAUCGGGUUACAUUAUGUAAUGGUGUUUAA